AUGUACAAGUUCACUGCCCACAGUUGGGAAAACACACGGAUCGCGAUCCGCGUGAUGGAACCAAAACAAAUCUCUACCGUUCAUUCCCUCCCAAAUCCAACGACUCAAAUUCACCCGCCCAAAACUUUUCCCCUGAAAAAUUCAAAAUUUCACCGCUACCUUCUCUCCCUCCUGAGUCCUGACCUAUAUAGCCACAGCUACAAACCAAAGCAAAACCACAAAUCUACUCUUGGUUCCCAGCUCUCUCUCUCACUCUCUGUCUCUCCAAUGGCUCGAACCAAGCAAACAGCCCGCAAAUCCACUGGGGGAAAAGCACCCAGAAAGCAACUCGCCACCAAGGCCGCCCGUAAGUCCGCCCCAGCCACCGGUGGAGUGAAGAAGCCCCACCGCUUCCGCCCAGGAACUGUGGCUCUCCGUGAAAUCAGGAAGUACCAGAAAAGCACCGAACUGCUGAUUCGGAAGCUUCCGUUCCAGAGGCUUGUGCGCGAGAUUGCGCAAGAUUUCAAGACAGAUCUGAGGUUCCAGAGCUCUGCUGUGGCGGCUUUGCAAGAGGCGGCGGAGGCGUAUUUGGUGGGUCUGUUUGAGGAUACAAAUCUUUGUGCAAUUCAUGCAAAGAGGGUUACUAUUAUGCCAAAAGAUAUGCAGCUGGCAAGGAGGAUUAGGGGUGAGAGGGCUUAA